AUGGGAAUCUCUGGACUGCUUCAGUUUAUCAAAGAUGCAGCAGAGCCCAUCAUUGUGAAGAAAUACAGAGGCCAGACGGUGGCUGUGGACACCUACUGUUGGCUACAUAAAGGAGCCUUUUCAUGUGCUGAGAAGCUUGCAAAAGGAGAACCAACUGACCAGUAUGUUUGGUUCUGCAUGAAGUUAGUGGACAUGCUGUUAAACUUCGGUGUCAAGCCAAUUCUGGUGUUUGAUGGUCGCAAUCUGCCUUCAAAACAAGAGGUGGAAAAGGCCCGCAGGAUGCGCAGAGAAUCCAACCUUCAAAAAGGUAGACAGCUGCUACGUGAAGGCAAACUGUCUGAGGCCAGAGACUGUUUUAACCGCUGUGUUAACGUCACUCCAGCUAUGGCUCAUAACCUUAUUAAGGCGGCCAGGGCGAGAGGGGUGGACUGUGUCGUGGCUCCAUAUGAAGCUGAUGCUCAGUUAGCUUUCCUCACAAAAUCUGGUUUGGCCCAGGCUGUCAUCACUGAGGACUCUGACCUGCUGGCAUUUGGCUGCAAAAAGGUAAUCCUCAAAAUGGACAAGCAGGGCAAUGGCCUGGAGAUAGACCAGAGCAACCUGGGCCGCUGUCACUCCCUGGGCAACAUUUUCACAGAAGAGAAAUUCCGCUACAUGUGCAUCCUCUCUGGUUGUGACUACCUGGCCUCCCUGCACGGUAUCGGUCUGGGGAAGUCCUGCAAACUGCUGCGGCUCGCAAAAGAGCCUGAUAUACUCAAGGUGAUCAGAAAGAUGGGCCAGUACCUAAAGAUGAAUCUCGUCGUCCCUGACCAGUACAUCGAGGGAUUCACCAGAGCCAAUAACACCUUCCUUUACCAGCUGGUGUUUGAUCCUAUCAGGAGGAAGGUUGUACCCCUGAACCCUUACCCAGAGCACAUUGACCCUGCCACCCUCAGUUAUGCUGGACUUAAUCUAGGGGAUGACAAAGGCUUGCAGAUGGCCCUGGGAAACCUUGACAUCAACACCAUGGAGAGAAUAGACGACUUCAACCCUGACAAACCCAUUCCAAAGCUAUGUAAGCCCCGCAGUCACAGCUGGAAUGACUCGCCGGUCUCCACAGGGUCCAGUAUCUGGAGCAAAGGCUUCACACCGGCCUCUGCUGGCCCUCCCCAGCCUGCUACUUUUACAGACAGACCUCCGUCCACCAGGGGGAAGGAGAGAGUCGCCAGCUUGGAUGGCCUGAGGCUGUCUUGUAGAGAGCUGCAGGUGAAGAGGCCCAGAGAGGACUCUAGUAUGUCAGACCAGGAUGUGCUGCAGCAAUAUUCCUGUUCAAGUCAGAAGAGAUGCAAGACAAACCAGCAAGCAGAUGAGCCCGCAUUGACCAGCCCGCCCCGGCCACGCAAUCGCUUCGCCACGCUGCUGCAGAAGAGGAAUCAGGAAGCUCAGGAGGACGGUCAGCCCACCCGAAGCAGGUUCUUCAGCAGUUCCAACUCAGAAGCCAGUCUGAGCACUGCAGAGUCUGUCCAGGAGGAUUUACUUCAGGCUGUGAAGCCCAUAGCUGUGGAUCCAGCUCUAAACGAGACUUCAGCCAGCAUCCAGACCCAAGACAGUGAUGGCCCCGAUGUUCCAUCUGUGGAAACCCCUAGCCCACCUCUGUCAUCUAGCACUUUGUCCCCCACUUCAGCCAGUCAGGGCCUCAGGCUGUUCAGCUGGUCAGGCAGCUCCUCUCUAUCCAAACCAUCAGAAACGCCAAAAUCAUCCUCGGGCCUGGCUGCACUGCAGCAGUUCCAGUAUAAGAAAGACGGUUUUUCCUCUUCUCCAAAGACUUACAGAUCCUCUAGAGACUCGUCUCCCCAUCAGCAGUCCUCCCCUGACAGAAAAUCGAAGGACGGGGAUGACCUUCCAGACUCUCCUCCCUCUCAGGACAGUGCUUACUUCUCCCAGUCACAGCCUUGCCACACUUCCUUCCACAAAGAGGAACCCCCCACCCACAUCCUCUCCUCCUCCUACGAGGAGGAUGUUUUAUCUGAAAUGAAUUCAAGCAAAUGUUCAGAGCCAGAUAGUCCCCCACACUCAACUGGAGCAGAUAGGAAACCUGGCAUGCUGAGAUCAAAGGUUUCUGGUUUGUCAAAACUGAGUUCCAGCAGCCAGGCUCAAGCGGCGAAGGUCCGAGCGUUGGGCCCAGCCAGGGCCAGCGGACUCAGGAAGAAGUCUGGUGGUUCUGUGAAGAAACUCUCUGCCCCCAAUAACGAGAACAACCCUGGUGUUCAGGCCACAAUCAGUAGCCUCUGGAAGAACUUCAGCUUUAAAAAAGACAACCAGAAGAUGACUCCCUGUAAGAAAGGAGAGCCCAUGUCUCCAGUCAAAGACAACCUCCUGGCCAGCUGACCUUGGCCGACAUGAACUUAAUCAGCAGCUUCUAAAAAGUGCUCUGACUCCAUAGACUGAGCGCUCUGCUACUGGAGCACAACUUUUAAACAUACUAUGUAUGUUGAUGAUCUCACUACUAAAUCUCUUUGACCUGCUGCUUGUUACUGUAUACUUUCAAAUAAAGCAACUAUCUUCUGA